UGUUCUCGUUUGGCAAAAAUAUUGCAAACACGUCGAAAGCUGAAGAAAACACGUUAACACGCAGAGUCGCCGUUCUCCUGCCCGAAUCCGCAAUGCCGUAGAAAUUUUUGCAAUGGUCUUCUAGCCGUCCGGAUAUGGAUUCACAAAGAGGAAGGAAAGGCAGAGGCCAGAAAAAUGCGUGGGGCGUCCCGAAGCCUGGGCCCCGGCAGGAGAACAAUUCAUCAGCAAAGACGAAUCACUCGAAUCAGCAAAAAAAGGAAUUAGAAAGGGCUGAUGCAGAGAGACGAUUUCAAGCAGCAAAAGCGAAACUUGAGAGUUCUGUUCAAAAGCACCUGGAAGCUGAUUCUCCAUCCUCUGAUGAGGACGAUGAGCUGCAAACGGAUAAUAUUCUGGAGAAAGUCCUACAAUCAUACACAUCUACUGGUGGAACAGACUUAGGAAGAAUCAAUCACUUUCUUCAGGAAGUUUUCCAGUCGGGAGCUGCGACUUGUCUCAUCUGCAUCGGAACAGUGAAACAUGCAGAUGCUAUAUGGAGUUGCAACAAGUGCUUCUGCUUUUUCCACUUGCCUUGCAUCCAGCGCUGGGCCGCAGACUCUGUCGCGCAGCAGAAAAAAGCUGCCGAAGAACUGACUGCCCCUUUCGAAGUGGCACCAAUCAUCCAGUGGGGCUGCCCUAAAUGUCGAACAGAGCAUCUGCCAAGCGACACCCCUCAAAAAUACCAGUGCUUCUGCGGCCAGCGAGAAAAUCCGCCCUUCAAGGAAUGGCUCGUUCCACACUCGUGUGGAGAAACUUGCCAGAAGCCUCUACAACCCGAAUGCGGUCACAAGUGCCUCCUUUUGUGCCACCCUGGCCCUUGCCCUUCUUGCCCUCAGGUAGUUUUGUCCACCUGCCACUGCAAGAAAAGUAAACCAUUCCCGAAAAGAUGCUCGGACAAAUUUUGGACUUGCGGCUCCAUGUGCGGAGCAACUCUGGCCUGCGGAAAGCACCAAUGUGAGAGUCUUUGCCACCCUGGAGAGUGUGAACCCUGCCCUCGGACCAGCAAACAGUUCUGUCUCUGCAAAACCACGUCCCGAGAACAGCCGUGCGCCAGUCCGGCGUGGCAGUGCGAAAAAGUUUGUGGAAAAAUUCUCUCCUGCGGGAACCACAACUGCUCUGAUGUCUGCCAUCGCCCUGGUCAAUGUGGCCCAUGCCCAAGAUCGGGCAAGAGAACCUGUCCCUGUGGAAAAAGUCAUGUCCAGAAUAUUCCUUGCACGCAGGAUGUCCCCACCUGUGGAGACACAUGUGGCAAAACUUUGUCUUGCAAAGCUCAUCAGUGCUUGGAAAGGUGUCACAAGGAGAGUUGUGGAAUUUGCCUACAAGUCUCGGUGAAAUCAUGUCGAUGUGGUAAUCAUGAAAAGGAGAUGCCCUGCCACAAAGAAUUCACUUGCGAAGUCAAGUGCAAACGUCCAAAAAAUUGCAUGAGGCACCCUUGCAAUAGAAAAUGCUGUGACGGCCAAUGUUCGCCAUGCGAGAAGAUCUGCGGCCGUCAACUGACUUGUGGGAAGCAUAAAUGCGCGGCUGUUUGCCACACUGGGCCGUGCUACCCUUGCCCUCUCAAUGACACCUACAGUUGUGCCUGCGGCGCUGCCAAAAUGACUUUGCCUUGCGGAAGAAAGAAAUUGCUCAAACCACCCAAGUGCAAUUUGAAUUGCAAAUUCCCGUCUGACUGUCACCAUCCGACGAGAGUGCCUCACAAGUGUCACCUUGGAGAGUGUCCACCUUGCAAACAAAUUUGCAAGCUCACCCACCCCGGAUGCAAACAUUCGUGUCCAGCACCUUGUCACUCCUCAGUUUGGGUUACAACAGUGAUUGAUCCUGAUAGACCUUUGGAGGGACCCUGGGAUAGAAGAGAAGUCAUUAAGGAAAAGAAGGCUCUCCCCUGUCCCGAUUGUUUGAUUCCAAUGCCUGUCAUCUGUCUUGGCGGUCAUGAAAAGGCGGACUGGCCCUGCUUUAAGGCAAUUCCCUCUUGCUGUGGUCGGCAGUGCGGCAGAAGUCUCAAGUGCGGCAACCAUCUGUGCACUCUUCUGUGCCACACAGUCAAGAAUGCGCCGGAUGUACUCAAAGCUGGAACAAAUUGCUCAGCGUGCGAAUCGCCCUGUCAGCUUAGCCGUCCUAAAGGAUGUUCACAUCCUUGUUUGCUGCCUUGUCACCCAGCCCCUUGCAAGCCAUGUCAGCAGAGCAUCAAACUCAAGUGUCACUGCGGCUUGAACCAGCUCCUCAGACCAUGCCAUCAGUGGACAAAAGUUGAAAAUGAGGGAAAUAAAGAGGAAUUGGAAAAAUUGCUCAAUUGCGGCAACCAGUGUCCUAAAAAUUACGGCUGUGGACACAGGUGUCAGGCAGAUUGUCACUCUGGUGAGUGUCCUAAUCCUGAGUCCUGUAAGAAGAGGGUGAAGGUCUUCUGCCCUUGCAAGAGGUUGAAAAAGGAAUUGCAAUGUUGCGCAGUGAGAGAUGGAUCGGUGUCAGUGUCAUGUGACGACACUUGCAAGGAAAGGCUUGCCAAAGAAAAAGAGGAAAGAGAACGGGAGGCUGAAAGGGUUAGAGCUGAAAAAGAGCGCAAAGAAAAAGAAGAGUUGGAGAAAUUUGAAAAAUGGCAGCAGGGCAAGAAGAAGUCUGGUCGUGACAAGAGGCGCAGGCAGAGUGAGCAGGAAGAGCCAUCCUGGUCACAGCGUUAUCUCAAAACCGUCGUUGCCUCCACCCUUGCUGCAAUUUUCAUUGGCUUUUUCAUCAAUUUGUUUCAAGCUCAAGCUUAGAUUAUGAUAGUUAUAAAUUCAGUUCCUUUUUGUUCGUUGUUUUAAACGAUAGUUAAACGUUUGCUUUGGGCAGAGUGGUGAGCUUUUAUAUCUUGCAAGUCGAUCAAUCAAUUUUGCUGCCUCAAAGGGUUAACGACUUCAAAAGCUCAUUUAGACGUCAAGUGAUAGCAUUCUUGCAAAUGUUUGAUUUUUAUAAGCACAAAUGAGAUUUGAUUGAAAAAUGCUGAUUUCAGAGUAAAAAAAAUAAAGAUAGUGAGAAACA